GAAUAACUUUCAACAGACAACCCUUUUGACGACUGCCUUGAUCAAUUUCUCUCGCUGUGACGUCGCUGUUCUUCAACUGUUCGCAUCAAAUCGAAAACAAAUAUUUGGUGUAGAAACGCAUUUGAGAUCGUAUUUCGCCUAACAAUUUAUAACUUGUGGGAAUCAAUCGUCCAAUUUGAGUUCAUUCUGAUGGCAUUAGUUAUUUUGCAUUGAUCAUUGCGAUGGCUCAUUGGCUCAAAGCUGCUGAAGAUUUAUUUGAAGUUGUAGAUCGAAGGGCAAAACUUGUAGUUGGAGAUGAGCUACCAAAUUCUUCUCAGUCACCAGCACCUCUAGCUUCCAAUGGACAAGGAUCUCGUGCAAAGAGUAAAAAGUCAAAAGCAAAGCCUAAAAAGGAAAAACCUUCAGAUGAAACAUCUAUAGUUGAUACUUCCAUAAAGAAAACCAGCUCCCGUGCAUCCUUAUCUAAAGCUUCAUCUGAUAUAGAUUUAUCAACUGAUAAUGACGAGAUUAAUCAUGUUCAUUCUUCUUCAACAACCGAAGACAAUGAACAACACAAAGUUAAAAAUGAUGUUCCCGUGUCUUUGUACAAUGAAGACACAUCAAAUGUAGAAGUUGUUUCAUCAAUUGUUAAUGGUGAUAUUGCCAAUGGGUCUUCUUCCAAGUCUAAUGAGGAAAUCUCAUCAGCAUCAGUAACUUUGGAAGAGAAUGAAUCUGUAAAAAAUCAUCCCUCUGAUGAUGGUCAAGAUGUCUUACUGAAAGAUCAAGGAAAUGAAAUAGUGAUCAACAAAGAGGGAUCUCAAUCUUUAAAAGAUCACAAUCUCAAAAUUGAACCUCAGAUAGAUGAAAAGAAGAAUCAAGAAUAUAAAAAAGUACAAGAUCAGCUUGAUUCCCCAAAGAAAAUACAAGAUGAGCCUACUUCCCCAAAGAAAGGACAAGAUCAGUCUGGUUCCUCAAAGAAAAUACAAGAUCAGCUUGAGGAGGCACAAGGGCUGCUUGAAAGUUCAAAAACCACUGGUCAAUCAAAAGAGGCUCGAUUGGCUCGGGUUUGUGCUGGGCUUUCAUCACGGCUUCAGGAAUACAAAUCAGAAAAUGCACAAUUAGAGGAGCUUCUAGUAGCAGAGAGAGAUCUAAGUAAAUCAUACGAGACACGCAUAAAAGAAUUGCAAAAAGAGUUGUCUUUAUCAAAAGAGGAGGUGAACAGAGUGGAGUCAAGCAUGUUGGAGGCCUUGGCUACAAAGAAUGCUGAGAUUGAAGCACUUGUGAAUUCCAUGGAGAUGGUUAAAAAACAAGCUGCUUUAUCUGAAGGAAAUUUGGCAUCAUUGCAGGCAAACAUGGAGUCUAUAAUGAGGAGUAGGGAACUAACGGAAACAAGAAUGAUGCAAGCUUUAAAGGAAGAGCUUGCAUCUGCAGAACGAAGAGCAGAAGAAGAGCAUGCUGCACACAAUGCUACCAAGAUGGCUGCAAUGGAAAGGGAAGUAGAACUGGAACACCGAGCUCUUGAUGCAUCCACAGCCUUAGCCAAGAUCCAGAGAACAGCUGAUGAGAGGACUGCAAAAGCAGUGGAGCUUGAGCAGAAGGUGGCACUACUUGAGGUUGAAUGUUCUAGUUUAACUCAAGAACUGCAAGAUACUGAAGCCCGUGCUCGUCGAGGCCACAAGAAGUCUCCAGAAGAUGCCAAUCAACUGAUUCAGAUGCAAGCUUGGCAAGAAGAAGUAGAGCGUGCACGUCAAGGGCAGAGAGAUGCUGAGAGAAAGCUGUCUUCAAUGGAGGCUGAAGUUCAAAAAAUGAGAGUGGAAAUGGCUGCCAUGAAGAGGGAUGCUGAGCAUUAUUCACGCCAGGAGCAUAUGGAGCUGGAGAAACGAUACAGGGAACUUACAGAUUUAUUGUAUUACAAGCAAACACAAUUGGAAGCAAUGACGAGUGAAAAAGCUGCAGCAGAAUUCCAAUUAGAGAAGGAGAUGAAACGUAUUCAAGAAGCUCAGGUGGAAGUAGAAAAGAGCAGAUUCCCUCGUCGUGCAUCAUCAAGUUGGGAUGAAGACACUGACAUGAAAGCCCUAGAGCCUCUGCCCUUUCAUCAUCGACAUUUAGUUGGAGCAAGCAUACAGGUGCAGAAGGCUGCAAAGAUUUUAGAUACAGGUGCUGUUCGGGCAAUGAGGUUUCUUUGGCGAUAUCCUGUUGCUAGACUUAUACUACUCUUUUACAUGGUGUUUGUGCACCUGUUUAUGAUGUAUCUCUUGCAUCGGCUUCAGGAGCAAGCCGACACUUUCUCUUCAAGAGAAUUUGCUGAAUCAAUGGGACUUGGCAAUCAUACGUUGUUACCAUGAAGCAUUUCUCAACAUAAUUUUAGUUUUACAAGACAAGGGCAGUAACUGGAUAUAUUAUCAUAUUGUCCCCCGGCCCCACUUAAGUUUAAAAUUGUGGUUUAAGUGAAAGUGAGUGUUCAGUUCUCAUUGUUCUUUCAUCUGUAAAGUAAACUCCGUUUGAAAUGAUGAUAUCUCUUUUCUUGAUGAUAAUUCUAAAGGGAAAUGGAUGAUGAUGAUGAAUAUCAUAGUUACACACAUUUCGAUUUCUUGAUUAUAAAAGAAGCUAUUUGUAA